GCGUGUCAAGGCGGUUCGCAAGGUGUAAUAUCUACGCCGCCGGACUUACUUGAUUUCGCAGGGGCUGGUCAGGCUUAUGCCGCGGCCAUGCACAGCGCGAAGCUCUCGCCGAAUUCCCGUCACUGGUCGCGAUGCAAUUCCGCAGCCGAUUUUAAAGCAGCCAGCCUGUGCCAAUUAGCACACUUGAGUGAAGCGCUCGCGAAAUCGGAAGAGCUAGUUCGACUUGGAAUCGAAAUGACUGCAGACUUCUUCUGUUUCAAAGGGCGAGUCCGCCGUGGAGUUCGUCACACGGAACAAGAGUUAGGCGCUCUUCGAUCCGACAGAUCCCCCAGUACGAUUAUUUUUGAAAGAAGAAUUCUUCUGAGUUGUACCAUUCUUGUGGGAGUUUCGAUAUGCAUAUGGUCUGUGGCUAUUGGAACAGAUCACUGGUUUGCGCUAGAAUCCCCGGAUGAAAAUGGUGUGCCUUUAGGAGGUGCCAGUAGUGCUAAAAGGCUGUUGUACAAACAUGCAGGUCUCUGGAAAAGUUGCAUCACUGGAUUGACAUCUGAAUUUGAAAAUUCUACAAAUUUAGUGCGAUAUAGUGAAUGCAAGUAUUUGAAUAUGUUUCCAACCGAGAUACAAGUGAAACUGGAUUCAAGUUUGAAUACAACAAUGUUGACUGAUUGGAGGCCCGAUUCAGUUCGCUUUUCAGUCGAUAAACUCGACUUGAAAGAGACCGGCCCGGAAAAAUCGGACGGUGCGGAUUCGAACUCGGGACCUCCCGUUUGCAGCCCUCGCACUCAGACCGCGAGACUACUGGGCCGGUGUGUUGAGUAAGUACAGUAACACAUUUUUAUCAAGAAGCACAGUAGUGCGCGCGACUUCGUUGCCUUUAUUCCACAAAAAUGAGUAACUUUGACAUUUGUGAAAAAUUGAAAUGUUCAUAUUUCAGUAAU